GCCGGUGAGGUCGGUGCGUCGCGGGCGCGCGCCGCUCUUUGCUCCACGAUGCCGGUGAGACGCGGUCAUGUCGCGCUCCAGAACACCUACCUGGACACCAUCAUCAGGAAAUUCGACGAGCAAAAUCGCAAGUUUCUGAUCGCCAACGCCCGCAUGAAGAACUGCGGCAUCAUCUACUGCAAUGAGGGCUUCUGCCAGAUGUUCGGCUACACCCGGGCGGAGAUCAUGCAGCAGCCCUGCACCUGCCAGUUCCUGGUGGGCCCGGGCACCAUGAAGAGCGCCCUGGCCCAGCUGGGUCAGGCCCUGCUGGGCAGUGAGGAGCGCAAGGUGGAGAUCCUCUACUACUCCAAGGAAGGGACCUGCAGACCGUGCCUCGUGGACAUUGUCCCUGUGAAAAAUGAAGAAGGCAGCGUGAUCAUGUUCAUCCUGGACUUCAAGGAGCUCAUCGACCCUUCGCUCAAGAAGUCUGGCCUCAGGCAGAGAGUUGCUCAAGGAUGGAUUUACUGUCAGAAUCGCAGGUUGAAGAUGAGGCUGCCGGUGCUGCGGUCCAUGAGACGACCUUCACUCUCCAAGGACCAGUUUGAAGGGGUGGUGGUGGACUACCUGCAGCCAAACAGCGAGGACGUCCCUCUGAAAGAGUUUCGAAUCCCGUCCAAGGAGAGCUGCGUGCAGUCGGAGACGGAGGCCCUGAUCGAGCAGGACCUGGACCCCCCCUCCCCGGCGGCGCAGUCCUCCGCCAAACGGCGCUCCCUGCUGACGGAGCGCCUGGACCCGGGCGCGGCCUUCCCGUUACCGCGGAGCUGCUCCAGAGACAGCGUGCGCAGCCUCCGGCGCGCCUCCUCGCUGGACGACAUCGACGGCAUGAGGGGGGAGUGGAGCAGCCGGCCCGGAGACCCCCGAACCAACAGCAAUCUGAAGCCCAGCGCUUUGAACUCCACCUCGGACUCAGACCUCAUGAGACACCGGACCCUCGGCCGAAUCCCUCAGGUGACCCUCACCUUCGGCUCGGAGCGGACCAGACCGCCGUCACCCACCGAGAUCGAGAUCAUCGCGCCCAGCAAGAUCAAAGAUCGAACGCAGAACGUCACCGAGAAGGUCACUCACGUCACGCAGGUGUUGUCCCUCGGGGCCGACGUGCUGCCGGAGUACAAGCUCCAAGCCCCGCGCAUCCACAAAUGGACCAUCCUUCACUACAGCCCCUUCAAAGCCGUGUGGGACUGGGUCAUCCUGCUGCUGGUCAUCUACACGGCCAUCUUCACGCCGUACUCGGCCGCCUUCCUGCUCAAUGAGGUGGAGGAGGAGCGGAGGCGGGCCUGCGGCUACACCUGCAACCCGCUCAACGUGGUGGACCUGGUGGUGGACAUCAUGUUCAUCGUGGACAUCCUCAUCAACUUCAGGACCACGUACGUCAACCAGAACGACGAGGUGGUCAGCCACCCGGGACGCAUCGCGCAGCACUACUUCAAAGGCUGGUUCCUCAUCGACAUCGUCGCCGCCAUCCCCUUUGACCUGCUCAUAUUCCGCUCAGGGUCAGAAGAGCCUCAGACAACCACUCUGAUUGGAUUACUAAAGACAGCCAGACUGCUGAGGUUGGUGCGAGUAGCCAGGAAGCUGGAUCGUUACUCAGAGUACGGCGCCGCCGUCCUCUUCCUCCUCAUGUGCACCUUUGCGCUCAUCGCUCACUGGCUGGCCUGUAUCUGGUAUGCCAUCGGUAACGUGGAGCGCACUAGCUCCGCGCGCGUCAGCGGCAUGAAGAUCGGCUGGCUGGACAACCUCGCCGACCAGAUCGGUAAACACUAUAACGACAAUGACACGGCCUCGGGCCCCUCCAUCAAGGACAAGUAUGUCACGGCCUUAUACUUCACCUUCAGCAGCCUGACCAGUGUGGGCUUCGGCAACGUCUCACCCAACACCAACCCGGAGAAGAUCUUUUCCAUCUGUGUCAUGCUCAUAGGCUCACUGAUGUACGCCAGUAUAUUCGGGAACGUGUCCGCGAUCAUUCAGAGACUUUAUUCGGGAACCGCCCGCUACCACACCCAGAUGCUGCGGGUCAAAGAGUUCAUCCGCUUCCACCAGAUCCCCGGAGGUCUGAGACAAAGACUGGAGGAGUACUUCCAGCACGCCUGGUCCUACACCAACGGCAUCGACAUGAACGCUGUCUUGAAAGGUUUCCCUGAAUGCCUGCAGGCGGACAUCUGUCUGCAUUUGAACCGCAGCCUGCUGCAGAACUGCAAAGCCUUUCGGGGGGCGAACAAAGGCUGCCUGCGGGCGCUGGCUAUACGGUUCAAGACCACCCACGCACCCCCCGGGGACACGCUAGUUCACAGCGGGGACAUUCUCACCGCCCUCUACUUCAUCUCCAGAGGCUCCAUAGAGAUCCUGCGGGACGACGUGGUGGUGGCCAUACUGGGGAAGAACGACAUCUUUGGUGAGCCCAUCAGUCUGUACGGCAGGCCGGGGAAGUCCAGCGCGGACGUCCGCGCCCUGACCUACUGCGACCUUCACAAGAUUCUGAGGGAAGACCUGCUGGAGGUGCUGGACAUGUAUCCCGACUUCGCGGACUUGUUCUGGAACAAUUUGGAGAUCACCUUCAAUUUGAGAGAUGCAGAUAGAAUAAACCAGCCAACCCCGAGCAGAGACUCUGAAUGUGGCUACCGUCUGACCAGGCAACGGAGGAACUCCUUGCGUCGUCGAAACAGACCAGACGGGAUGGAUCGUGAAGACUCCUACCCUGACCAGUCCUGCCCGCUGGCCAACCACCACCGCGGUACCGUGGCCGGAUCGCACUGGGAGGACCUCUGCAGCAGCGCCAGCAUCUGCUCCCAUUCCAGCGACGAGGAGAUGAAGCCCGUGGGGCACAGCAAAGGGGAGCUGUACCCUGCAGGCGGCGACACCAGAGACUAUCCUCCAGCGAUGGUCAACCUCCUGCCUCACAGCGGACCCUCGGCUGGAAUAGGACCGCCUGUGGACAUCGGAGGGCCUCCAUACUCAGCAGCCGCUCCCAUCAGCAUGCCGGGCCUGUACGGCUACUGGCCGGACCGCAGAGCCAGCCAGCUCUCCGAGAGUCAGAGGCGUCCGUCGAUGGCCAGAGCCAGCUUCCACCCUCCACCCUGCGCCGAGGACCGGCCCAGCGAGCUGGAGUCCCGUCUGGAGCUGCUGCAGUCGCAGCUGAACAGGUUGGAGACGCGCAUGACGGCAGACAUCAACGUGAUCCUGCAGCUCCUGCAGAGGCAGAUGGCCCCGGUGCCCCCGGCCUACAGCGCCGUCUCCCCCAGCCCUCACCCGCCUCACCCGUCCGCCCUGUACAGCACGGCGGCGCCCACCAUCCACACGGUCCCGCCCAUCCAGCCGGCGCAGAUGGACGGCCCCGCCCCUCUGCUGCAGAGCCCUGACUCAGAUUUCAAUUACAAAUCCAAGGACUCGCUGUCCAGCGGGAUCCACCUCACCGUGGCAUCAGACGACACCAUGUCUCCUGAAACCGAGCCGCCGCCUCGCCUGCCCCCCGUGGACCUGCCCCCUCCUCACCUGCUGCCCUGCCCCGAGCCCCAGGGGUCCAGCGCACUCUUCUGUGGCAGCCAGCGCUUCCCCUCCCUCCCCGAGCACCUGGAAAACUCCACAGAAAUGCAGGAGAUCCAGAGGCAUAUGUCCGACCCCGUCCUGCCUGGAAGCUAGAAAAGCCCCCCACCUCCCGGCCUUCGACUGGCACAGCCGUAUUGCCCCUUCCCACCUCUGAUCACCACUCACGUCUCCCUAAAGCCCCCAGUCCUGUCCAGAUGCUGCCCACGGAGGGUAAAGAGUGCCUCCUGGUUCUCAAGCACAGACUCAACGGCGCCCUCGCUGGCUGCUUUUGUGGCCCGGCACCCCCUGAACUCCUCAAACCCCGUGCGAUGAAGAGAUUAUUGCCCCCGGCAGGGUGGAUUUAUAGUUUAAAGCCGUACUGUGAAGUGCAAAUAGAUUUUUUUUUACCAAAUUGGGGGUUGGCAUCAUUUGGCAUCAUUGUCUUAAAGACAGUCUGGGGGGUUUUGAGGGAAAAUAUAUGUAGGAACCACUGUGUCAGAGGGUCACUGGAAACGAAACCGAAAGGUUUGACAUUUGAAGGAUUGUCUACGUUCGCUGAAUAUAAGAGUGGCACAUUUAAGCUCGAGUAAAUGUAUUGAUUUGAGGUUGAAUUUAUUUUCGUAAUAUAGGAAAGUCGUUUGGUUGCAUUAAGGGCCAUGCAGUUAGAAAAUCUAACAACAGGGGGUGGUUGAAUAUAAAUGUCGUUGUGGUGAUUGUUGGAAAUAUCAAACGGUACAAAAUAACUGCGGAGAGUGGAGUAAUCCCUGGAAGUGGCCAAUGUGUCGGUGUGAGAAAGUGUUUCAAAAAAAGCCUGGAUUUCUUGUACAUUCACACAUAAAUCUCUCAGUUUUGUUUCCUCCCUGAUGAUCUUUUUUUCGUGUACCCCCCCCCCCCCUCUCUGUUGAUCAUGUCAGCUGUUUUUUCCCCGACGUGGCGGUCUUGUGAAUUCACACAUUGUUUCCCUGAAAGUGCCAACUGACAGAGGGCUCGCUGUCUUGGAUUAUUCAGACUCACGGCGGACAGACGGCCGCGCUCGGUCUCAACGUGUGGAACGGGAAAAAAUAAACUGCAGGUUGUUCAACAUCAGCAGGGUGACGCGAAGUGGUUGGAAACUACGUCUCAGAUGACUUGACUUCCAACCACUAGGUGAAUGUAAUGACUUUUUAAGGAUUUAUAUUUCUGUAUAUUAUUUCUUGAAGCACAAACUCCUGUUAUUUAACUUUUUUUCAGAUUAAAGCUAUAUUGCAGAGA